ACCCGACUCACAUUCAUAUUCUUCCAUAAUUAUCUAGAAACCGAGAAAAUAGUCCUCACAUUCACUCCGUUUUAAUUUCCGAUUAGAGAGCUGAGAAGAUAUAGUUUCAUCCUCUGGAAUAAUUCAGUUAAGAUUAGAGAUUAGAGAGCAAAUCUCUGUGGUUUAUAGAAAAGUUUGAUAUAAGAAUAGUAAUCAAGUUUGUUAGAGAACAAGGAAAAUCUUUUUUGAGAGAGAGCUAAAACUAAAUUCUCAUUUUCAUAUAGAGAGUUUUCUUUUUUUUUUCAAGAAAAAGAAAAUAUGCUUCCGGAGCUCUAAUGGUGGUGGAAUUUUUUCUUGUCAUUGCUGUUGAUUGAUGAAGGUUACUCCUCCAUUUUCUUUCUCAGCGCUCUCUAGCUGAUUUGAAAGUGGGUAAAACACGCGUAUAAACUCAUCAUCAUCAACGUAGUGGAUUAAUCAAAGGCUGUUAUUAGUUCAUGAUGGGUGACGAUGAGGGAAGCAGCAGUACAACAGGAAGGGUAACAGGAAUUCGACACAUAGUAAGGUUAAAGGAAAUGCUACAUAAAUGGCAAUCUAUUGCUCUUAGUCCGAGAGGAAACAGUCCCCCUCGAGACAAUGAACAUGGUAGAGGUAUUGGAGGAAUAGCUCCUGUUGUUAAUAAACGACUUCAUAACACUUACAUUUUGUGUGAUUCUGACGAAGAAACCUGUCAUAGUCCCGACCCACCAGCAGAUGUACCAAAAGGAUACCUCGCAGUGUAUGUCGGUCCUGAGCUCCGGAGGUUUAUUAUUCCCACCACUUAUCUUGCUCACCCUUUGUUCAAAGUUUUGUUAGAAAAGGUGGAGGAAGAGUUUGGGUUUGAACACAAAGGUGGCCUCACAAUCCCUUGUGAGAUAGAAACCUUCAAAUACCUCCUCAAAUGCAUGGAAACCAACCAAACUCCUCCCACGACGACAACGGAUGGUGAAAAUGCUAAUGAGGAUGUUGAUAGCGUAGAAGAAUAAACAAUAAGGGGUGGGUUUGUAUAGACGGUUAGCUUUUUCUGGUGGGAAGUAAAGGAAUCUUUAAUUAUUAUUAUUGUAAGCAACAAUUGUUUUUCUAAGUAUUGUUUUUGCAUUAUAUCCGGUGAGAGCAAUUUUUAGUUAGGAUUAAAAAAUGUUAUUUCGAGACGGUUUUUCACCAUUACGUGAAAUUUGAUUGAAAACAUUUGUUUAUGUUCUUCAUCUCUUAAUAUAUUUUUUUCCGUUUCAUAUUCAAA